CUUAAUCCUUUUUUUACGGCUCGCCCAGUGUGCGUCGUCACCUCGCAGCUGCUUGGCCAAAAUAUCCACGACGAACACCAACGGAAUGCCUUCACCCAAAUCUUCCCCCCAUUGUACUUCGUGCGAAAUGUGAGAGGCUACAGAAUAAACGCUCAACCUCAGUAUUGUUCUAAAUUCACCGGUAAGCUUCUAUCCGCACCUCGGUUUUUAUGUUCGAAAGCAUAUUCUGGAUAGACAGAAUGCCAAGAACAGCAUCAUGCAUUCACCCGCAUCACGUGUGCACGUGCCUUUCCGCCCUUGUCGGAGAAAAUCGGCCCGCCCUACGUCCAAAAUACCCCGCCGAUUGCUCCACGCUCGCAGCGUGUCUAUCCAACUUCUCGACACCGACACCAAACUGGCAAUAUGGACGUCACAUUCAUGGACCCCGAGACAGCAAAGCUUGCAGUGGAGAUGCAGCUUGCUGACAUCGCUGCGAUCAUUGAUGACCUCUACUUCGAUGAGGAUGACCCAGACCAUGACGAGAUCGCGAGCUUCAGAAUGAUGGAGCGGGACAUGCAACGUCAACUUGAGAUCCUCGAGGGCCAGGUCCUUACGCUUAAUAUCCUCAAGGACGAACAUGAGGGUCGCGUCGCUUUCGCUAAGCUUCUGGAGGAGGAGAAGCAGGCUGUCACCGACCAUCAGCUUGCUAUGAGUCUUGCGGGCAUGGGCAUCGGCCAUUCCAAAGUGAAGAGCAGCAACGACUACGAAGCCACCCUUUGCGAUGAAGAGGACAGCACGCGAGAUGAACAGUGGGAAAUGGCCAAAGAACUCUAUUCGGCUGCUUUCAAUCGCGAUGGCAGUGAGCGGCGAUCCCCACGAAAGACUGAGAGCGUUAAGGCCGAGGAUCUCGAAGGUGGAGACAAGGGAGGUGUGCUCGGUUCCAAUGCUCUCACGAAGUGCAUUGCCUGCAUGGACGUCGUGGCGACUAAGGACACGAUUACCCUCGACUGUGACCCGGAGCCGCAUACCUACUGCCGCACUUGCCUCACGGAUCUCUUCAAGUCCGCCAUCUAUGACACCACCCUGUUCCCCCCACGUUGUUGCAGGGCGCCGAUUUCGCUUGAAGUAUCCCGCGCCGUACUUCCCAAAGAUCUCAUCAAGGAUUUCGAUAUCAAGGUGGAGGAGUUAGCCACGCCAAACCCCACCUACUGCUCGAACGCUGAGUGCGCCAAGUUCAUCCAGCUCAAGGACAUAAAAGGUGAUGUCGGAACCUGUGUUUUCUGCCGCGAGGAGACGUGCGUGCUCUGCAAGUGCAAGUCGCAUGGCGGGCUCUGCCCGAGUGACCCGCACGUGCAGCUCCUCAUGGACGCAGCGAAGCGAAGCAAGUGGCAGCAAUGCCUGCGGUGCAAGAACAUGGUCGAGCUGGUGACGGGUUGCUUCCAUAUGACUUGUCGUUGCUCUCACCAGUUUUGCUAUCUUUGCGGCGUCCGUUGGAAGCGAUGCACCUGCCCUCGGUGGGACGAAGACUACCUCACCCGUCCCGCUCCGGUCCUUCAAGCUGCUCCACCCCCACCGAACGCUCAGGGUCAAGGCCAAGGUCGAUGCGUGGUCCACGUUUGGGCCCGUCAUUAUGGCGGCGAGUGCCAGGACUGUGGUGCUGUGCAUCUACCUUGGGUCCAGCGCUGCGCAGGGUGCGGCUUGCAGAGCUGUUGGCGUUGCAUCCACAACCGUAUCUGAAGACUCAUCUGGGUCCUUCACGCGCACGCUACUUUCGUUGAAUCUCCAACUUUACGGGAUUGUUGCGACCUCUUAUCGUCACGCAAUGCGGACGAGGGAUAUUGAAGACGUUUUGAAGGAACGUGCAUGGGGUGGCGACAACGCAAGGAUGAUAUGCUUCGGUGUAAUGGUUUGACGACAUUUAUCGGCUUUUGACAUAGAGGCUGAGAUAGAACGGAAUACAUUGCACAACAUCCUGACGA